CUUGACAGACUGGUAAACAAAUACAAUAUCUUAUGAUUUUAAAAACAGCCACCCGUAAAAUUAGAAGUACUGCCAUCUAGCGACAGAAAUUCCACCUUUGAUGUCAGCCAUUAUUAAAAUCUCAUUUUUGAAAAAAGAACCACACGUUGCACGUGCUAUGAUAAUGUUGUGCCGGUAAAUGUUCUUUUUUAGUGCUUCCUUGUAGAUAACAUAGUAAAAAAAUGAUGUCAAGAGGAUAAAAGAUGCUGCAGAUGCUUGAGGCUGAAAAUAUUUUAGAGAGUCGCACUGACCAAAGUAAUGAAUUGACGAAAGAAGAAACAACACAAGUGUCUAUUUCUUCUAAUAAUCAAAUAAAGAUUCUUUCUACUACUUUCGACGAUAUAAAUAACCAAAACAAUAAUCAGCAACUGAGCUAUUCAGAAUCAGCAUUGAUGAUAGAAACCGAUCGGGAAGAAUUUGAAAAUUUUGAGAAUGAUGUAGAGGAUGAUAGAGAUCCCGAUUUUAUUUAUUCAUCUUCGGAAUCUUCAGACGAAGAGAACGAUAGCCCUAAUGUAAAUGCAACAAAAGAAGGCAGGCCAAGGAAAGGUCGAAAACGAAAAUAUCCUGAACAAACGGAUAAAAGUCGUAAAAUUUUAAAAAAUUCAAACUCUCCUCAUACUUCAAAAAGAGGUACAGCCAUAGAAAAAAAAGAGUUUCUCGAUUAUCGUUGCAAUUGCUUAGAUAGAUGUUAUGAAAAAGUUAAUCAGGAAGGACGUAAAGCCAUCUUUGAGAAAUUCUGGCAAGCUGGCUCGUAUACUCUUCAAAAUUCCAUAAUAUGUUCUUCGGUAAAGGAGAACCCAAUAAAGAGAAGACGAGCAAAUGGAAAUCUAAAACGAAAUUUUACAAGGACAUAUUAUUUGGAAAGCUUUCCAGUAUGCAGAGAUUUAUUUGUCCGAACGUUACACAUUUCAACAAAAAGGGUUAACACGGCUCUUAAAAAAUCUAGAACACUUGAACUGCAGGAUAGUCGUGGAAAGCACCAAAAGCAUUUUAAAAUUUCUGAUAUUCAAAGGCAAGAAGUUGUGAACCACAUAAAAAAGAUUCCCAAGUACAAAUCCCAUUAUCGGCGUGAGCAAACUGAUCGAGAAUACCUACCUAUUGAUAUGACCAUAGAAUGUAUGUAUAACCUAUAUAAAUUAGAAGUUAAUAAUCCGGUAAGCCUAUCAACCUAUAAAAAAAUAUUUUACUCCGACUUUAAUAUAACUAGAAAAAAACUAAAAAAAGAUACAUGCAACAAAUGCGACACACUAAGUGCACUUAGUUCUUCAGGUAAUAUAGAUCAGUACAAAAAAGCAGAAUUUGAAUGUCAUUUAAAAGCUGCCAAGGCAGCAAGAGACAUGAUGAAUAACGAUUUCAAGCUUGCUAAAGAAAAAGCAUAUAUACAGACACUAUCAUUCGACCUAGAAAAAACAUUACCGCUACCUAGGAUUCCUACAAAUAUAAUGUUUUAUAAACGCCAGUUGUGGCUGUAUAAUUUGGGCAUCCACUCAGGAAAACAAGAUAAAUCUUACUGUUUUCUGUGGACGGAAGGUACUGCUGGCCGAGGUGCGCAGGAAGUUGGAUCUUGUAUAAAAAAAUUCUGUGAAACAUAUUUGGAAGAAAACAUAACAGAUCUAUAUCUAUGGUCAGAUUCCUGCGGUGGCCAGAAUCGUAACAUCAAACUUUGCUUAUUAUUAAAAUAUAUUUUAAAUAAAUCUUCAUCCUUACAAUCUAUUUACAUGAAAUUUCUUGUAUCAGGGCACAGUUUCUUACCUAAUGAUUCAGAUUUUGGCGACAUUGAAAGGGCGUUAAAAUACCAGCAGCGACUGUAUACGCCACAGGAUUACAUUAAUGUCAUAAAGACCUCGAGGAAGAAGAGUCCUUUUACAAUACAUACCAUGAAUAAUGAUGAUUUCAUAUCAUCUGAGAUAUUAGAAAAAAAUAUUGUUAAUAGGAAAAAGGAUAUCAUCGGUGAGAAAAUAAACUGGUUAAAUGUCAGAGAAAUAAAAAUUAAUAAAAAUUCACCCUACAGCAUAUUCUUUAAAUUCGCUUACGAUGAAGAUGCCUAUGUAGAGGUUGAUAUUAAGCCAAAACAAAAAGGCAAACAGUCAGAAGUGUUUAGUCUGAAUUUGCCAGUACUUUACCCUAAUGGAAAACCAGUCUCAACACCCAAACUGAACGAUAUUAAAUCCAUCAUGCAUCUUAUUCCAGAAGCAGAUCAAGGCUUUUAUACUUCCCUUAUAUCUAGUGAAGAAGUUGUAGAUGACAUCGAUGGGUAUAACGGAGAUUUAGAUUUUGAGUGUCAAGAAGACUAAAAAUUCCAUGGUUUUGUUUAUCUUUAAAAAAUAAUUUCAAUUAAGUGUUCAUAAUUGAAAUUAUUUUUUAAAUGUUUAUUUUUUUUAU